AUGGAAGUCCAGUCUGCAGACCUGUCACCUAUGAGCCCCAGUCCGACCGAUCUCCCCAGUGGCAAGCGACGAUGGCGUCGAAAUCGAGUUGCAUGUGAUUCAUGUCACUUGCGGCGGGUCCGAUGCGACCGAGCUUUCCCCUGUUCAAGAUGUCUGAGAAGCGAUAAUCGUUGUGAAUUCACUCGCGAACGUAGAAAGCGGGGGCGCAUCGCGCGCUCCAAGCCUGCGACAGACGCAACGGAGCCCGAGCCAAACAUUGCGACAAGAAAACAGUCUACUGGAAAUCUGAAAAUGUCGCCUUUGCAGAACAGCUCACCAGAGUCGGUCUACGAGCAGAAGUCACCGAACGUCAACGAUAUUCGACUUUCUGCGCCAGCGCAAUGUGUAGAUGGUCCUCCAACAGUAUCAGUGACUGGAGGGAAUGCGACAACGGAGCAAUGGUUAGAAGCUGCUCGUCUCUCACCGGAUUCCUAUGAGAUCCCUGGUGACGUGGGCGAAGGACCUCUGCCACGGCUGAUAGAUAUCUGGAAUCCUGUUCAUUUCACUGGUGACCAUCCACCCUCACAAGGGUCGCAAGGGGCCUCUGUACCUGCGCAUAGCCAUCCAAGUCAAGCCCCGACUCCCCGGACUAAGUCGAUAUUGAAAUACCCAGUCCUUGAACCAGUCAUGCCAUAUAUAGAGUCCAAUCUCCCGCGCCGUCUGAUAUGCGAUCUGCUCGAGUUAUAUUUUACGAGUGCUUUUUCAACCCAUAUGCAUCCGGUCUGCCACCACAUUCACUGCUAUGUCUUGCGAAAGGCUUCCUUCAUGAAUACUGAAAAUCCCCGACCUUGCAGUCCGGCACUGCUAGCAAGUAUGCUCUGGGUAGCUGCAGUAGAUGACCGGGCCUUUUCCUUGUCCAUAUCACCUCUGCAACGUCGAAAAAUAUGUCAAUUUCUUUGUGGGUUGACAGUUCGGUUGAUCAGGCCGCUGGUUCAUGUGUCGUUCAAAGACCAGGAAGCUGCUAGUAGUACCAGUACACAGCAGGACUUCUCCGCUGCGUCUGCAUAUCACCCAUUUGAAGGAGUGGGUGAUGAUAAAGGCCUCGUUGGGCCAGCAGGAACCCUCGACGAUGUCAUCGCGUAUAUUCAUGUCGCAUCUAUAAUUUCAUCUAGUGAGCAAAAAGCUGCUAGUAUGCGAUGGUGGCAUGCUGCGUUCACUUUGUCUCGAGAGCUGAAAUUGAAUCAAGAGAUUGAGGCGAAUUUGGGCGUGGAUGGCCAAAGUGAUACAUCGAGCCCACCCUUCGGCUACCCGCUAGAAGGGUGGGAAAACUCACCCGGCGGCCCUGUGUUUGAUUAUUCAAACCCUUCACGACCAAGCUUGAACUGUAUCUGUCACGAAUCCACUGAGCUGCAGGACAGCUCCAUUAUCACAGAGGAGUGGCGUGAAGAACGUCGUCGCACCUGGUGGUUAUUAUAUAUUAUGGACCGUCACCUAGCAUUAUGCUACAACCGACCACUCGCCCUCCUAGAUGCCGAAAGUGAAGACUUGCUCCUACCGUUGGACGAAGCCUCUUGGCAAGCUGGUAUUAUUCACAGCAAUAGUCCUCGACCAGACGGACCGCAAUGUACACGAUCUGGCGACCAAAAUAAGCGGCGUAUUUUCCCAGAUUUCGCCUGUCAUGACCACUCUAUCUUCGGUUUUUUCCUACCCCUGAUGACGAUCACAGGCGAGCUGAUAGAUCUGAAUCAAGCGCGUAAUCACCCCAUGCUCGGUCUUCGUUUACAAGGAAAAGAGGCGUGGGAUGUCCAUUUAGCGGAAGUCCUACGCCAGCUCGAAACAUAUAAAGCCAGCUUAACAACUUUCACAACAACGACACCCCCCGAGGAACACUCCCUGUCAGCAUUUAAAACCCCCGAUCAACCAGAUGAUACACACAUAUCCCAGGCCUACUCAUGGCACACACAGACAGUAGUAGCCUACGCCUCCUACCUAGUCCACGUCCUACACAUCCUGUUAGUAGGAAAAUGGGACCCAGUCUCCCUAAUAGAAGACAAAGACUUCUGGACCUCCUCACCAGCCUUUGCAUCAACAAUCUCCCACGCCCUCGAAGCCGCAGACUCAGUCCAGCAAAUAUUACGAUUCGACCCCGAUGUAAGCUUCAUGCCCUAUUUUUUCGGCAUCCAGCUUCUACAGGGGAGUUUCCUACUCCUCCUCAUUGUCGAGCGUCUACAGAAAGAGGCUGGUGAUGGUAUUCUCAAUGCCUGCGAGACUAUGAUUCGGGCUACCGAGUCUUGUGUUGUUACGCUGAAUACAGAGUAUCAGCGCAGUUUUAGGCAGGUGAUGCGUAGUGCUGUUGCACAGGCUCGUGGGAGGCCUGUGAAUCCCAGUGAGAUUCGGCAUAGGAGGAAAGCGGUUUUGGCGCUGUAUCCUGGUCCCAGUGAUCGGAUUACUUAG